AAUUAACUCAAUCACCCAAACGAAUAGCUGUGGUUAGCGUGAGCAUUACCCCAUUAGAGAAGUGUCAUUGGCCAAAACAGUGUUUCCUUAACACCUUGGGUGCAUGAUAGUGGCUCAGUACCUCUAACUCAGAAAAAAAAUCGCUUCAUUUUACAGAAAUCACUUAUCAAGAACAUGAUCCCUAAAUCUUUAUUAAGAAAUUUUCUGUUUCCUUUAAGAAGAAACCUGCAAAUCCAAAACCCAACUCAAAAAUCAUUAUCAUCAGCUACAAAAUUCUUCAGCAGUGAAAGUAAAGCUAUAAUUUACAACUUGGAUAUUAGUUCUGGUGCAAAAGAAACGGUAGAUUGUGUAGUAAUUGGAGCCGGAAUUGUGGGAAUUGCUAUUGCCAGAGAAUUAGCUUUUAAAGGGAGAGAAGUUUUGGUCCUUGAUUCUGCUCCUACUUUUGGUACUGUUACUAGUUCACGCAACAGUGAAGUCAUUCACGCUGGCAUUUACCAUCCUUCUAAUUGGUUCAAGGCAAGAUUAUGUGUCAAAGGAAGAGAAAUGCUGUACAAGUACUGCUCCGAGCGUCACGUUCCCCACAAGCAGCUAGGUAAACUUAUCGUUGCUACUCAGGAAUCGGAAGUUCCAAAAUUGAAUGAACUUUUAGCUCGAGGAAUUGGAAAUGGGGUCAAUGGUCUGAGAUUAAUGGACGCAACUGAAGCUAUGAAUAUAGAACCCGAACUACAAUGUGUCAAAGCCUUAUUUUCUCCUCUGUCGGGGAUUGUCGAUACCCAUGCUCUGAUGUUUUCUUUACUGGGAGAAGCAGAAGGUAACGGAGCAACAUUUUCGUACAACACCACUGUCCUUGGGGGAAACAUCGAAGGAAACCAGAUUGAACUUUUUGUGACGGGAAGCCAAAAUCUAUACGACCGGAAUGAGGGCGAUUGGUUACAAGCUGAGCUUAGGCUUCUCCCGAAAAUAGUGAUCAAUUCUGCUGGCUUGGCCGCUGUGCCUCUUGCUAAGAGACUGAUGGGUGUUGAUAGUUCUUUUAUUCCCUCGGCCCAUUAUGCUCGUGGUCACUACUUUUCUCUAUCAAAUAUGAAGGUUCCACCUUUUAGGCAUCUGAUAUAUCCAUUACCCGAAGAGGGUGGAAUAGGGGUGCAUGUAACCCUAGACUUAGAUGGUCGGGUCAAAUUUGGGCCUGAUGUAGAAUGGAUUGGUGGGGUAGAUGAUGUUCACAGCUUCUUGAACAGGUUUGAUUAUUCGGUAUGUCUUGAUCGCAAUAGAAAGUUCUACUCUGAAAUAAGGAAGUACUACCCUCAACUUAAGGACGGAGCUUUAGAGCCAGGUUAUGCAGGAAUACGACCAAAACUCUCCGGUCCUGGAACACCCCCAACUGAUUUUGUAAUUCAGGGCCAAGAGAUUCACGGAGUAUAUGGACUUGUAAACCUUUUCGGGAUUGAGUCGCCUGGUGUCACCGCAAGCAUGGCUAUAGCCGAGCACGUCUCUUCGAGGGUUCUCCCGACUAUGUAAAAAUUCUGCAUUUUUUCCUGUUUGUUUUAUUCAAAUUUCAUGAUAUUCAAGUCCAAAUCAUUGAUGACAUAAAGAACAUGUAUUCUAUGAUUUUUAAACAAGAAAUAAAAGAUGUGAAACUAAUUUUAUAC